CAUGUGUUCCUCUUUUUUUUUUUCUCGUGUCUUUCCCCGCCCUGCGCGUUCAUGACGCCGGCGGAUGUGUGCGCGCCCGCGUUGAAUACCGGCUUGAUCCAGUAAAGAUCUGCAGCCAAAAGAUUCAGGAAAUGAUCGCGAGGACUGAAGAUGAAGCCUGAAGAAACAAACACAGUUACAGCUUCACUGUUGUUCUCUCUCCAGGACUAGACAGACUCAGACAGCAGCAUCAUCUCUGCUCGGUGGUCUGCUGUAGCCAUGAGGGGGCCUACUUCCCAAUGUUUGGGUCCAAAUGUUUACUCCGAGGUGCCUGAUGGCGGCUGGGGCUGGGCUGUGGCUGCAGCCUUCUUCUUGGUCGAAGUCUGCACCUAUGGUACCCUCAAGAGCCUGGGGGUCUUCCUCCAGGAUCUGAUGGAGGAGUUUGGGGAGAGCAACAGCCGAGUAUCGUGGGUUAUCUCCAUCUGUGUCUUCAUCUUUACCUUUACUGCCCCCCUGGCAACGAUGCUCAACAACCGCUUCGGCCAUCGUCCAGUUGUGAUGAUGGGAGGCUUCCUCAUCAGUCUGGGAACCAUUACCUCUGCCUUCACCAACUCCAUCAGCGAGAUGUACAUUACCAUCGGUAUUGUCUCAGGCCUCGGCUACUCCCUAACCUUCCUUCCCACCGUCACCAUCCUCGCACAGUACUUCUCCCGACGACGAGCACUCGUCACCUCCGUCGCCUCCUCUGGAGAAUCCUUCGCCAUAUUUGCAUUUGCUCCAGCCUUCACUAAACUGAAGGAGCACAUUGGCUGGCGCUACUGUCUGGUCAUCCUCGGCACCUUUCAGGCUUCUGUGAUUGGCUGUGGGCUUCUCCUCCGUCCCAUUGUUAUUAUCGAGCCGGAGCCUGUAAAGGAGGACAACGAAUCAGACAAAGAGUCGUCCUCUCUGAAGCAGCUGCAGUCUGUUUACGACCUGGAGAACAAACAAACUUGGACCUCCAUCAGUUCAGGAGUCUCUCGGGGUUCGGAGGACUCGGGAGUCACCUCCCUGUCUACUUCUAACGUAGACCUGAGGACUGCAGGAGCUGAAAGCAAGGUUGUAAUGGAGUGGGAGGUACAGGACAAAAUGGAAAAGGAGCCAUCUCUGUCCAGAACUCCAACCCCGGUCAAACAGAAGGAUGAGGCAGGUCCUCUUCAUCGUCCCAGACCAAAACUCCUGGACUUCUCUGUGCUUAAAGAUGCGGCCUUCAUCUGGUACUCUCUCUUUGGUCUGUUUGCCACGCUGGGCUUCUUCGCCCCGCAGCUUUACAUCAUCGAACUGAGCAAGAGCCGGGGCGUGGAGUCCAGCAUGGCGUCCUGCAUGCUCUCUGUGAUGGCCGUGGCCGAGAUCUUCGGCCGUUUGUCCAUCGGCGUGGUGUUGAACAAAGUGAGCUGCAGGAAAACCUUGGUUCUGCUGGGCUGUGUGGUGCUGCUGUGCCUGGUCCUGGUGGCCUUCACUAUCGUCUGGGAGUUCUGGGGCCUGGUGGUCUGCUGCGCUCUCUACGGAUACUUCAUGGGCACCGUCGGCUCCACCCACAUCCCCAUGCUGGCUGAGGAGGACGUGGUGGGCAUCCAGAAGAUGGCGUCAUCUGUGGGAGUGUAUGUCUUCAUCCAGAGCUUUGCUGGGCUGGCAGGGCCGCCACUAGGAGGUUUGUUGGUGGACGUCACCCAGGACUACGGUGCUGCCUUCUACUCCUGUGCCGUGGGGAUGGGCCUCAGCGCCGUCUGCUUGGCUCUGGUUGGUCCGGCCAAGUCCGGCAUGUGCCGAAGACGAAGCCGAAACAAAGAGGAAGACGGCAGCAGAGAGGAAGAGGAGAACAUGUCUGAGGACAGCGGCCAGCCUGACUUUCUAGAGGAGGACUUGGUUCUGGAGGACAGUCCCAUCAGACAGACUCUGGACCAGAACAAAGCCUCUGUAGUAUGAACCAGCAUGACAUCACCUCAUCACCAAUGACUUGACAACAGACGCUCCUACAGUAUCACUGACAGUUAGAAACGAUCUUCACAGAAGCUGCUCCUUCCAAAUGUCUCACAUCCUUGAAGCUUGAAGUUCCUUCUUGACUCCCAGACAGGAAACCAAAGCAGAUCCAUGUUAAACUUUAGCUGUUUUAGAACUUUCCUCCAUCUAGAAGAUUUCUUUUCUAGCUGUCCUCACUUAAAACCUUUUGUGUGUCAUUAGUUUGAGUACCUUUAUCUCAGGAAAGAAGUGCUGUUGUCGUGGAUACUGAAGCUCCAUGAACAUGAACAUGAGUUAGACAAACAGUCAUGAUGUCUACCAGAAGUAGAGAACCAGAAGGAUUGUGCAUUUGAUGAAAAAAAGUCAAAUCAAAUUCAGUAUGCUUGUAGCCUAAGGCAUAUCGAAAAAAAUUAGAUGUGGAGGCACGACAAAUUUUCAAUAUGGCGGCCAUUUUUCAAGAUGGCCGCCAGUGACAACUGUUUAUAGAUUAAAUUUCACAUUAACAAUGAAUAAUAUGUGAUAGAAACAUACAUUUUUGGUACAGUUAUAGCCAAAGACAUGGGGAACAUGUAGAGAGAUCAAGACUUUUCAAUAUGGUGGCCAUUUUUCAAGAUGGCCGCCAGUGACAACUGUUUUUUAGAUGAAAUUCCACAUUAACAAUAGAUAAUAUGUGAUAGGAGCAUCAAAGUUAUAGCCAAGACUUUUCAAUUUGACAAAAAUUAGAUGUACGACAAAUUUUCAAUAUGGUCGCCAUUUUUCAAGAUGACCACCAAUGACAACUAUUUAUAGAUAGAUAAUAUAUAAUAGAUUUCACAUUAACAAUGGAUAAUAUGAAAAUACAGAUAUGGACCCUCAUAAAUUAUCAAUAUGGCGGUCAUUUUCCAAAUUGGCUGCCAGUGACAACUGCUUUUAGAUCAGUUUUCAUAUUAAUGAUGGAUAUAAUGUGAUGGUGAUUAUAUAUCAAGGAUAUAUGUUGGAUUUAUCUGCAUUGCACUUGGGAACUACCAUUUAGAUUAUAUUUUUUUUCAAGAUGGCAGCCAACGAACCAAAAACGGUAGUUGCAAUAAAGUUGCAUAAAUAAAUUUGACUCUUCUAUCUCUUAUUAUCCAUUGUUUAUAUGUAAUUUUAUCUAAAACAGUUGUCACUGGCGGACAUUUUGAAAAAUGGCUACCAUAUUGAAAGGUCUUGAUCCCUCUACAUGUUCCCCAUUCCUCUGGCUAUAAUUGUACCAAAUUUCAUGUUUCUAUCACUUAUUAUCCAUUGUUAAUGUGAAAUUUAAUCUCAAAACAGGGAUGUUUACACUCGGGUGGUGCCGUUUCAGGUGCGUUAGCAUGUUCGUUGUGUUUCCAGAAAAGUACCUGAUCCCUCUUGAACAAUGUCGGCACACGGCCUCGUUUUAUCCACGUGUCUUUGUCCGUCACAGUACUUCAAAGUAAGGUUUAAAUAAAGUUUACAGUAAGUAAGUAAAGAGACUUUAGCGACAGUGGAGGCUCCGGCUAACCGCUAGCGGUAGCAUUGACGCACGCUAGCUGCACCUGAAGUUGCCAGCGGAAAAUAAACACACGCAACUUUCACAUCGCCGUACCGAAACGCUUCGAUACAAAUCAGCUCUGUGAUAUCAGGACUGUUGUUAACAUUCAGCCUGGUUGUUGCUCAUGGCAACACAAACCUUCUCACUAAAGUCCUGCAGCACCACAGAGUGGGACAAACAGGCUUUAAAAUGUAAAUCCCCCAAAUAAACAAGAGUCAAUCUAACUGUAGGCACUGGUUGCACUUGUGUAGAUUGAUUUUUGAGUCUAAUGCACGUUCACGUAAUUGAUAUUUAUUCCAACACUGUGGUAAUUAAAGCAAUAUUGCAUCAUUGUUCCCUGAGCAUGGAGCCCCACAUGACUGAAUGAUGCUGGAGAUUGAUUUUCUAUGAAGUUUUACAGGCUAAAUUAUUUACAGCUUUAGAUGGAAGCAUUGACUGUAUAUUUAUUAUCAUCUGUCAAGAUUCUGUUGAUGUACUGUACAAUGACUCUCUGUUACAAGAAAACACACGCUGAAAAUCAACCGUGAUGCACUAGAUAAUAAUAUUACAGUGAUAUUAUUAGUUCUGAUGCUACGGCAAACUGAAGAGAAUGUUAAAGUGCACAACUAGAGAUAGUCCUAUAUGUUAGAGUCACUGGUGUUUUUAGGUGGAAAAUAAAAGAAUCAGACAAUCA